AUGCAGCAAGAGAUCAGCGAACUAAUCGUACUACAGAUCAUAUAUACGCUACUAGUACUCAAGAAUCAGACCCAUAAUGUGGCAGUGAUCAAUGCUAAAGUCUCGCUAGUUAAAUUGACAAAUGAGAUACAAAACAAUGUGCUGGUGAAUCAAAUGGUUGAUCAUGGAGAGACUAAACUAGAUAUCAAUGACAUAUUGAUGAUAGUAAAAAGAGUCUUUCCUAACCAACGAAUCUCACUAGUAGAUGGACAACUAAGUUUCCAUAACUUACAGCUAAAAGAAUUACAGAACGGAAUACAUGAACGAUACGACAAGUUCUGUCAAGAACAACAAGUUGCAAUCGCUAAGCUCGAAGAUGAAAUAAUCAAUCCAAGGAAGAAACCCCGCACACAAACGAACGUUGAUCCAAAACGUGAGAAACUUCUACAACUAUACCGAGAUACAGUACUAAACAAACUACAAGCCAAGAGUGGAGGAACCAAGAAGGAUCUACAAUGGCUAUACGAAACACUAGUAAGUGAAGGGAACAUCGAAAAGAUAGUGAAAGAAAUCAUCGAGAUCGACAGAAUAAAGAACGAUACCCCUAGUAGUGUCCACGAUCUACAACUGGUACUCCAACGAAGUAUAUGCGAUGGGAUAAUGAGUAGCAUGAGUGGUACUGAUACCUGGUUUGCCGCGAGACAACUUCAAAUCGAUUUUGAAGAUACAGUACAAUUCAUGAGAAGAGCACUAGAGUAG